GCUCGCUCCGGCUUCACACCUUUUCAAUACAAUGAUUCGUCCAUUGAGACAUUCAUUCAUAUGUGUAAAUUGGGAGUUCCGGUGUCUCCUUAUGUGUUAUCCAGAAUGUUGACUUUUUUGGUUGAUUCAAAUCGUGUCCAUGUGAUUCUUGAUUUAUAUGGAGAAGUGUGUAAAGCAUUGAGAGGACAGUAUUUCUGUGUGUAUGAGUUUGUUAUGGUUGCUCUUCUAAACAAGAGUAAAGUUGAAACGGGUUUGGAUUUUCAUUCCGCAGUGAUUGAAAGAGGCUUUGUGGUUGAUAUUGUUGCUUGUAACAAGAUUUUAAAGCGUCUUUGUAAAGAAAGUCAGAUUGGAGUUGGGGAAGAUUUCUUUAAUGUAUUGAUAAUGGGUGGUCCAGAGCCAAAUGUGGUGACAUUCAGCACGAUGAUUAAUGCGUAUUGUAAGGAUGGGAAAUUGGAGGAGGCCAUUAAGCUUUAUAAGGUUAUGAUAGAGAAAGGUGUCAGCCCUGACUUGGUUGUAUAUAGUAUUCUAGUUGAUGGUCUUUUUAAGGCAGGGAAAUUGGAGGAGGGGCUUCGACUUUUUUCAGAGGCAUUAGAUAGCGGCAUUAAGUUGGAUGUAGUCAUUUUCAGUUCUGUUAUGGAUUCCUAUGUGAGAAUUGGAGACUUGGUGAAGUCGGUGGAGAUCUACAGAAGAAUGCUGAAAGAAGGGAUCUCGCCAAACCCUGUUAGUUACACCAUUCUUAUAAAUGGUAUGUGUCAGGAUGGUAAGGUCAUGGAGGCUUGUGGCAUAUUCGGUCAGAUUGUGAAGUGUGGUUUUGUGCCAUCCGUUCUAACUUACAGUAGUUUGAUUGAUGGAAUGUGCAAAUUGGGGAAUUUAAAGGAUGCAUUUCACCUGUAUGAGAGUAUGAUCAAGACUGGCUAUGAACCUGAUAUUAUUCUUUAUGGUGUGCUAGUAAAUGGCCUUUGCAAACAUGGGCUGAUGGGUGAUGCUCUUAGGUUCUUCUUUCAGGCUGUUUAUAGGGGUGUAAAGCCCAAUAUCUAUACUUUUAAUAUGUUAAUAGAUGGUUUCUGUAGAUUAAAAAGACUAAGUGAUGCUGUGAAGGUGUUCAUCCAAAUGGGAGUUUAUAACAUAAAACCUGAUAUGGUGACGUAUACUGUGAUUAUUAAGGGUAUCUCUGAAGUGGGGAGAUUAAAAGAUGCGUUAGUAUUUUUCUUCCAAUCAUUAAAGAAGGGGUUCUUGCCUGAUGUUGUAACGUAUUGCACACUAAUCGAUGGUUGCUGCAAGCAGAAACGUGUAUAUUAUGGACUCCGGAUUCUAGAUAUGAUGCGAAGAAAUGGAGUAAGUCCUGAUAUUGCCAUUUAUAAUGUUCUCAUUAAUAUGCUUUUCAAAGAAAGUUAUUUAGAAGCUGCACAAGAACUCUUUGAGCAACUUACUAAAAGUGGGCCAGAACCUGACAUUGUUACGUACAACACAAUGAUUUGUGGUUAUUGCUCUCUGAGAAGGUUAGAUGCAGCUGUUCAACUUUUUCAAAAGCUGAUACAGGGACACUGUAAACCCAAUGCCAUUACUUGUACUAUACUGAUUGAUGCUUUUUGCAAAGAAGGUAACAUGGAUGAUGCCAUGUUGAUGUUUGAUAAAAUGCUGGAAAAGGAUCCUGAACCCAAUUUGGUCACAUAUAGUUGUCUUAUUGAUGGUUAUUUUAAAUCUGAAAACAUGAAAAGUGCAUUUGAACUGCACGAAGAGAUGCUUAAAAACAUCUCUCCCAAUAUAGUCAGUUAUAGCAUCCUCAUGGAUGGUCUUUGCAAGAGAGGACUAACGGAGAAAGCAUCCCUUGCGUUUCAUUGUGCUAUAGAAAGGGGUUUGGUGCCUGAUGUAAUAGCAUAUGGGAUUCUGAUUCGUGGUUACUGCAAGGUAGGAAGAAUGGCAGAAGCCCUCAUUUUGUAUGGCCGUAUGUUAAUUAGUGGCAUCAUGCCAGACGCUGUCAUACAAAGGACGAUCACUGAGCAUAUCCUUGAAGCUGAUCAACGGAAAUAUUCAACCGCUCAACCGCAUGAUCUGCAGAUAAGAUCUGUUGUGUAAUACAGUGUGCCACUUGGAGCCUUUGUGGUCACCUUUUUCCACCUUUUGCCUAUCUGUUACUACCUACUAGCUAGUUGUUGUACUAAGUACUAACACCAUAAUUUUCUUUACGGUUCUUUUCGUAAACUGUAUAGAUGUAUAAUUUAGUUUUUCAUUGUAAAUGAGGGAAUACAGUAUUUUAUUGAAGCAAAAUUAGAGUUAUUAUUGAUA